AUGGGCCAAUUUCAUUCUACCAGCCAGGCGAGCUCUGAUGCCCCAGAACAGCAAGGCGAAAAGACCGACUACUACGAGCUACUUGGGGUAACACGGACUGCCAGUGAUGAUGAAAUCAAGAAAGCUUAUAGGAAGAAAGCCCUCGUGUUGCAUCCCGAUCGAAAUUAUGGGAACGUUGAAGAGGCGACUAGACUGUUUGCUGAAAUCCAAUCCGCUUAUGAAGUACUGGCAGAUCCCCAGGAACGAGCAUGGUACGACUCGCACAGCGAUGCUUUCCUAGGGACAGGCGGGGGUACCGAUGAUCAACACUCGUACAAUGUCCGAAUUACAACCGCCGAUGAUGUUCUUAAGCUCUUUUCAAAGUUUAGUCCGCGAAUGGAAUUCUCCGACGCCCCAACUGGAUUCUUCGGUGGCCUUCGUGAACAAUUUGAACAGCUUGCAUUGGAGGAAAGGCUUGCUUGUCAGUGGGAGGCUCAAGAUCCCAUUGAAUAUGCAACAUUUGGAUCUAGUCAUGAUGAUUUUGAGAAGGUUGUACGGCCGUUUUAUGCCAGUUGGAGUGGAUUCUCCACCCAAAAGUCAUUCGCCUGGAGAGAUGUUUAUCGUCUCUCUGAAGCUCCAGAUCGCCGGGUGCGACGAAUGAUGGAAAAGGAAAAUAAGCGUCUCCGGGAUGAAGGUAUUCGAGAGUUCAACGAUGCAGUCAGAUCUCUUGUGGCCUUUGUCAAGAAACGUGAUCCUCGAUACAAAGCCAACGCCCAAAGCGAAGCCCAACGCCAGGAGACUCUCCGCCAGUCUGUGGCUGCACAAGCAGCAAGAUCACGGGCGCUUAAUCAAGCCAAUAUGCGUGAUCAUGUCAUUCCAGAAUGGGCGCAAUCGGAGCAGCCAGACCUUGACGACAGCGAGAGCGAGGAGAGCGAGAUUGAAAGUUUUGAAUGCGUGGCAUGUCACAAAUAUUUCAAAAGCCAGAAGCAAUACGUGGCCCAUGAGCGCAGUAAAAAGCACCUGAAGGCUAUCAAGCAACUAUGCUGGGAGAUGCGAAUGCAAAACGAUCAAUUGGAUUUGGAGUCUGCCAGCUCAAGUCCUAAUCCAGUUACCACCCAACCUCUUGAGAUGGAGAAUGGCCCAUUUCCUCCGGCCGAUGUUGCAGUGGUCGAUUCUCGGAUUGAAGAGGUUGAAAUCAGCUCGAAGCAAACUACCGGAUCGCCUGAAAGCUCGCGUGGUCUUGAAGAGACGGCAAUAUCCGAGCAAGAUGCAGUUGAAGACCGUACCCCAGCCACAGAUGACGAAGACUACGCCUCGAGAGAAUCUAUCGAAACCAGACUUCAAUCUGAUAUGGGUUCUCUCUUGGGAGAAAUCCUAGAUCCAGUCACCACACUGUCUGAUCAACUGGGUUCUUCUGAUUUGAACGAGCAGCCAUUGGCGCCCAAGUUAGGCAAGGCCAAACAAAAACGGGCGAAGAAGGCUGCCAAAGAAGCAAACCAAUCCACCGCUUUUGUAUGUGCCAACUGCAAGGAAUCAUUCGCCUCCAAGUCUAAAUUGUUUGAGCACAUCAAAAAGGAGGACCAUGCACAGCCAUUGUUGGGGACUACUAGUCAGAAGGGCAAGAAACGUUAG